CGCACGCCUCACUCAAAAAAGCGUUGAGCUAGCAACAAAAAAAAAAAAAAAAAAAGAAAGAAAGAAAAAAAGAAGAAGAAAAAGAUAACAAUCCCACGCGAGAACGCUCAGAACUGAGAGAGAGAGAGAGAGAGAGAAGAAAAGGGCAGGUUUGGCCAAAAGGGAAGGAGCAGAAGCAGAAAGAGAAUAAAAUGUUCGAAAAUCUGUGGUUUUUUUUAAGGGGGUCUUUUGGGUGGUGGUGAGAUCAGGCUUUGGUUGAGUUGAGUGGGUGUUUAAAUUUUUUUUUUUGUGGGUAAUGGUGGGUUUGUUGGGUUGAGACUUGAGAGAGAGAGAGAUUGGAGUGCGGGUUUUUUGGGGAUGGUGUGUUUGGGGGUGAUGUACCAUUUGGAUCUGAGAGACACGUAAAAAGCGCCUGAGAUGGAUAGCAGGCUUGCCAGUUCACUUUGUCCCUUGUUGAUCCUGGUCGCUCAUCCCUUAUGGAUCAUAAUGGUGCUUUCAAAUAUGGAAGGUGAUGCCUUGCAUAGUCUAAGGGCCAACUUAGAGGACCCGAACAAUGUCUUGCAGAGUUGGGAUCCAACUCUUGUUAACCCGUGUACAUGGUUUCAUGUAACAUGCAACAAUGAGAAUAGCGUUAUUAGAGUUGAUCUUGGAAAUGCAGCCUUGUCUGGUCAACUUGUUCCCUCGCUUGGCCUUCUUAAGAAUUUACAAUAUUUGGAGCUCUACAGUAAUAACAUAACCGGACCAAUUCCUAGUGAACUGGGGAAUCUAACCAGCUUGGUGAGCUUGGAUCUUUAUUUGAAUAGUUUUACUGGUCAAAUCCCAGAUACCUUGGGCAAGCUGUCAAAACUGCGAUUCCUCCGGCUCAACAACAACAGCUUGGUGGGUGCCAUUCCCAUGUCAUUGACUAAUAUCUCCUCUCUUCAAGUAUUGGAUCUAUCAAAUAACCACCUCUCAGGAGAAGUUCCAGACAAUGGCUCCUUCUCUUUAUUCACUCCCAUAAGUUUUGCCAACAACCUGAAUCUAUGUGGCCCAGUAACAGGACGUCCUUGCCCAGGAUCUCCCCCAUUUUCACCUCCCCCACCUUUUGUUCCACCACCCCCCAUUUCAACACCAGGGGGAAAUAGUGCCACUGGGGCUAUUGCUGGCGGAGUUGCGGCUGGUGCUGCUUUACUAUUUGCUGCCCCUGCAAUUGCAUUUGCAUGGUGGCGCCGCAGAAAACCUCAAGAAUUUUUCUUUGAUGUACCUGCGGAGGAGGAUCCUGAAGUACAUCUGGGGCAGCUUAAGAGGUUUUCUUUGCGAGAAUUACAAGUUGCAACAGAUAGUUUCAGCAACAAAAACAUUCUGGGGAGAGGUGGAUUUGGUAAGGUCUAUAAAGGGCGCCUGGCAGAUGGUUCUCUGGUUGCUGUGAAAAGACUGAAAGAAGAGCGCACACCUGGUGGCGAGUUGCAGUUUCAAACCGAAGUAGAGAUGAUCAGCAUGGCCGUGCAUCGAAAUCUUCUUCGGUUACGUGGGUUUUGUAUGACACCAACUGAGCGGUUACUUGUUUAUCCUUAUAUGGCUAAUGGCAGCGUUGCCUCAUGUUUAAGAGAACGCCCACCAUCCCAACCACCUCUUGAUUGGCCAACUCGGAAGCGAAUUGCAUUGGGAUCUGCGAGGGGCCUUUCUUAUUUGCACGAUCACUGUGACCCAAAGAUUAUUCACCGUGAUGUGAAAGCUGCAAACAUUUUGCUGGAUGAGGAGUUUGAGGCUGUUGUUGGAGACUUUGGGUUGGCUAAACUUAUGGACUAUAAAGACACCCACGUAACUACUGCAGUACGUGGAACAAUUGGACAUAUAGCUCCAGAGUACCUCUCCACUGGGAAAUCUUCUGAGAAAACUGACGUGUUCGGUUACGGUAUCAUGCUUUUGGAGCUUAUCACUGGUCAGAGGGCCUUCGAUCUUGCUCGGCUCGCAAAUGAUGAUGAUGUCAUGUUGCUUGAUUGGGUAAAAGGACUGCUGAAAGAGAAAAAGCUAGAAAUGCUUGUUGAUCCUGAUCUGCAGAGAAAUUAUGUAGAUGCUGAAGUAGAGCAACUUAUUCAAGUUGCACUGCUCUGCACACAAGGCUCGCCAAUGGAAAGGCCGAAGAUGUCAGAAGUGGUGAGAAUGCUUGAAGGUGAUGGCUUGGCAGAAAGAUGGGAUGAGUGGCAAAAGGUCGAAGUGCUCCGCCAGGAAGUGGAAUUAGCUCCUCAUCCAAAUUCCGAUUGGAUUGUUGACUCAACUGAAAAUUUGCAUGCGGUUGAGUUAUCUGGUCCAAGGUGACCUUGGUAUGGCAGAAGUGGAAAUGGGAGAGUUAUUUUCGACUUGAUUUUUUCAACUGUGAUGUUUUUUCAUCAGAUAUGAUACCAUCCUUAUUAAUGUAUCUUGAAAGUCCAUUUCUGCAUUUAUUCGUUAUACUUGUGCAUAUUAAGUUGCAAGUUGUAUCAUCUGCGGCAGUUUGACAAAGGCGUAAUUUUUAAUAUUUAAGAAGCUGGGGCAGUA